GAAAAAUAAAGUCGCCAGUUGGUGGUUAAGCUCUUUGGUGGAGUUGUUAGAAUACUUCCUUUUCAGAUAUCUUUGUAUGUGCUUCGUGUUUUAGACCUUGUCUAACGCUAUGGAUGGUGGAAAAAAGGUCUGGGUCCCCGAUAACGAACAUGGAUUUCGUUUGGGCGAAAUAGUCGAUUUAGGAUCGGACACGAUCAGCGUUGAGGUGGAUGGAGCGAAAGGAAAGGUUGUAACGGCUCCAUACGAUAGAGUGUUCCCAUCGGAGAAGGAUAACACGAGAGAUUUUGAGGAUAACUGCUCUUUGAUGUUUCUCAAUGAAGCCACUUUGUUACACAACUUGAAAAUUAGAUACCAGAAAGACAAAAUAUAUACUUAUGUGGCCAAUAUUCUUCUUGCUGUCAACCCUUAUCAUGAAAUUAAAGAACUUUACUCAAAGGAAAGAAUCAAAGAAUAUCAUGGAAAGUCACUGGGGGUUUUGCCACCUCAUGUGUUUGCUAUUGCUGACAAGGCUUACAGAGAUAUGAGAGCAUAUAAACAGAGCCAGUCUUUGAUUGUUAGUGGUGAAAGUGGUGCGGGAAAAACAGAAUCAACCAAGUACAUUUUAAGAUAUCUGACAGAGUCUUGGGGAUCUGGUGAUCAGGGCCGCAUUGAGCAGAGGAUUAUUGAAGCUAACCCCUUACUUGAAUCCUUUGGAAAUGCCAAAACAAUGCGAAACAUCAACAGUAGUCGAUUUGGAAAGUAUGUUGAAGUUCACUUCAACGAGAAGGUCACAGUUGUUGGUGGGUUCAUUUCACAUUAUCUUUUGGAGAAAUCUCGAAUCUGCAAGCAAAGUAAAGGGGAGAGAAAUUACCAUGUGUUUUACAGACUUUGUUCAGGAGCACCUCAACAAAUAAAAUCAAAACUUGGCAUUACGAAGGCAGAAGAUUUUCUGUACUUAAAGCAGGGUUCAAUCACAGACCCUAAUCUUGAUGAUGCAUCAGAUUAUCGUAGAAUGGAUGAGUCCAUGAACAGAGUGGGUUUUUCAGGAGAAGAGAAAGCCAACAUCUUCAGAGUUGUUGCUGCUGUGCUUCAUGUUGGAAACAUUUCAUUUGAGGACAGUGGAGACACAGAAGGUGGCUCUGUAGUAUCACCUAAAAGUAUGAACUCAUUGAAUACUGCUGCUAAGCUGUUAGAUGUGUCGUCUGAAGAGCUGAAGAUGUCUCUAACUACAAGGACGAUGUCUGCUGGAGGGUCAAACAUGAGAGUUCCCCUUAAACCGGAACAGGCCUGUGCUGCUAGAGAUGCUUUGGCAAAAGCUCUCUACACCAAACUGUUUGAUCAUAUUGUUGGCCAGAUCAAUCAGUGCUUCCCUUUUAAAGAUUCUUUUACUUACAUUGGUGUGUUGGACAUCGCUGGCUUUGAAUACUACGAAUUCAACAGCUUUGAACAGUUUUGCAUCAACUACUGCAAUGAAAAGCUGCAGCAACUCUUUAAUGAUAGGAUACUGAAACAGGAACAAGAGUUGUACGACAAAGAAGGGCUUGGGGUCAAAUCUGUAACGUUUGUGGACAAUCAAGAUUGCAUUGCCCUUAUUGAAGCAAAAAAGACAGGAAUUAUUGACAUUUUGGACGAGGAGAGCAAGCUCCCUAAACCCACCGCAGAACACUUCACACGAGAACUUCACCAAAAACACAAGAACCACUUCCGGUUGGCGCUCCCCAGAAAAUCUCAUCUGAUUUACCACAAGAAAAUGCGAGACGAUGAGGGCUUCCUUAUACGACAUUUUGCCGGCGCUGUCUGUUACCAAACAUCGGAUUUUAUAGAGAAGGAUAAUGAUGCUCUUCAUAGUGAUCUGGAAGAAUUAAUACAAGACAGCAAGGACUCUUUCCUCAAGAGUUUGUUCCCAGGUGUAGCACCAAAGAAUAACGAUAUCGGCUCGUUGUCGUUCGGUUCUCCUAUCACUCGGUCAGGCAGUAGGAAACUUGGAUUCAUCAGUGUUGGCAAUAAAUUCAGGAAACAAUUGAAUCAACUGAUGGAGAAACUCGACAAAACGGGGGCAAGUUUUAUUCGAUGCAUCAAACCAAAUGGAAAGAUGACCGCGCGGGAUUUUGAAGGUGGUUCAAUUUUGAGUCAACUGGAAUGCGCUGGAAUGGUUUCUGUGCUGAAUUUGAUGCAGGAUGGCUGGCCAUCAAGGGCACCAUUCAAAGAUCUUUACCAAAUGUACAAAGAUUAUUUACCACCUCGACUUGCGCGACUCGAUCCAAGGAUGUUCUGCAAGGCUUUGUUUCAUGCCCUUGGAAUGGAUAGCAAAGAUUACAAGUUUGGCCUCUCUAAGAUCUUUUUUCGCCCUGGCAAGUUUGCAGAGUUUGACGAGAUUAUGCAUUCAGACCCUGAGAGCCUAAAGAAUAUCAUCUCUAAAGUUCUUACUUGGUUGAUCCGAACUCGCUGGAGACGAGCCAUCUGGGGAACGUUGUCUGUCAUCAAGUUGAUGAAGAAGAUUGAAUUCCGGGCAGCAGCUAUCAUUCGCAUUCAGAAAAAUGUUAAAAUGUUUAUGGCAAUAUGUCGCCACAAACCUCGGUAUCAAGGCAUCAUUAAGAUCCGAAAACUACAGGUGCAACUCGAUAAUAUAGGGAAACUAGUGGGUUCUCUGAAGAAAGACCAAAGCGUACUGGCUAAAAACGUGGAGGGACUCAAACAAGCCAUUGAUGAUGCUGUGAUCAAAGUCAAGGGUAAUUUAAUGAAGCGGGAUGCUAUCGAUACACUGUACUUUGGACUUGUCAGUAAUUUAAACAAACAACUGAAGGACGUUGAACAGCGAGUAGAAAAGCAAAAGGUCGAAGAGGAACAAGAACGACUCAGAAAAAUACAAGAGCAGAUGGAACUGGAAAGAAAGAGAAGGGAAGAGGAAGAAAGGAAGAGAAAACAGGAAGAAGAGGAGAGAAAAAUGCGAAUGGAAAUGGAGGUGAGACGGAAACUGGAAGAGGAAGAGCAACGCAAGAAGGACGAAGAAGAAAGAAUAAAAAGAGAGAAAGAAGAGGCUGACAGACAAUUACAGGCUUUAAAAGCUGCAGAAGAACAGAAAGCGAGGGAGGAGGAACAACGGAGGUGGGCGAUGAUUGAACAGGAACGCAGAGACCGGGAACUAGCUUUACGGCUUACACAGGACCCUGACGCUUUGGACGCAGAAGUGCAACAGGCUCCUCAGCUACCACUACAGAGAGCUCUGCCACCGCGAGAGAAAAAGAAGCACGACUUAUCAUCUUGGAAAUAUGCCGAACUGCGGGAUACCAUUAACACGUCCUGCGACAUUGAGCUUCUGGAGGCCUGCAGGUUGGAGUUUCAGCGGCGGCUUAAGGUUUAUCAUCAGUGGAAGAAAACCAACAAGGCCCGAGGCACAGACCAAGAAGGUGCUCCUCAAAGGGCCCCACAGGAUAUUAUGGUAGCAGCGGAAAAUGCCCCACCCCUCCCUCCUCGACCUAGUCGUCCAGAACAGGCUACUGCUUCUCCAGCCCUCCCCCCACGAAGGCCGCAAAGAUAUUUCUGUGUACCGUUUGUACGUCGGUCCAAUCAGUAUAGAGAUAGUGAGUUCAAGAAACAGGGAUCUUGGUUUGCACACUUUGAUGGACAAUGGAUAGCGCGCCAAAUGGAGAUUCAUCCCGGCAAACCUGCCUUGUUGCUGGUCGCAGGGGAAGAUGAUCUGGACAUGUGUGAGCUGAAGUUGGACGAGACACGAUUGGCGCUGCGCCAAGGGGCUGAGAUUACCGUUAGAGAUUUUGAGAUCGAGUGGCAGAGACACGGUGGAGCUCCACGGGAGUACCAAGCCAAAAUAUUUCAACAACAGAACUGAAUUAGACAGGGAGGAGUAGGUCGGGAAAAGGGGGCUUAAUGGUAAUGGUAAGGUUGACCAAAGAGGGAGAGGGAAGGGAUGUGAUAUGGCGUUAUUUGACUUUCGUAUUAUUGCAGGCAAUAAACGGAACCUUUAGUUUAGAAAACAUUAGUAAGCCAUCCUUUGGUAAACCCUGCACGCGGUAUUUCCUAAAAACUGAUUAAUUUGUUUGGUAGUAACUUAAUAAUCUUGUUGCACAUCUGGCUCUGUCAAAACCCGUCCCAAAGAUACGGCCAUAUCUCUCGUUUUGUGUGAAGACGUAGCAUGAUUUGGUAGCGUUAUCUGCAUGCAAUAGAGUGUUGUGUGUUUCAAAGUCUGUUCUUAUGAUGAACUGAAUUAAGCCUAGGUUUUUUUUGCAAGAAAAUCAGAUAGAAAGCAAGAGUUUAGACUAUCUUUUUAAUUGUCUUUUUCUUGUCUAUUUAAGUUGAAUAUCUUGUCUAAUGGCUUCUCUAGUGCUAAAGUUUGGGUACUAGACGUUAUUAGAGGUCAUUUUGUCACGCCAAAUCUUAAAUUUUUUCCCUCAUUCUGUUUGGUAGAGUCACGCCCAUGAGCAUCAUUCUGUCACUCUGGAUCACACAAUUUCGGGGUCACACUAGCAGGGAAUGUCACACAAUUUUGAAUCAUUCUGUCACUUUUGGGGUCACUGUUUUUACUAAGGUCACUUAAUUUGAAGUUAAUCUGUCACAAUAGGUAAUACAAUAUUUUGGGUCAUUCCUAAAGGUUGGGGUCAUUCUGUCACACUACAUGAAACAAUUUUGGGUUGAAUCAAUUGGGUAGAGUCAAGUUACUAGAGAGCAUUCUGUCACACUUGGUGAAAAUUUUGGUUUCGUUUUGUUAGGUAAGGCUGCACUUUUUUUGUAAUUUGGUCAUGUUUGCUGAUUCUAAAGUGUAAAGAGAGGUAAUCAUGACAGAAAUGAAUUGAAAUGGAAUCUAAGAAAACCACCACCAUUGUUACUAUUUGCUGAGUUACUGGUAAUGGUGGUUAAUUUACUAUGUAAAUUGUACAUGUUAGUACAAAAAUUGGUCAAUGUUUUGCGCAU